CUCAAAUUCAAAACAUUAUUGACUUACAUCAAAAGGAACUCUUUCGUGUUAGCGUUAAGAAAAAAGCAGCACAAGAUAAGAAUUAUGUUGGUGGAACAGGUGGCGGCCCCCAAAUUGAAAUUACAUACACUGCAAUUGAAGAAGCAGUUCUUCAACUCUUAGAUCCAGCCUCUAUACAUGGGAUUCCAGGGAAUUUGGAAAGUGAAGAACUCAUUGAUGAAGAAGAAAGAGAACCAACCCCCGGACCCUCAGGAGCUAGGUUUACGGCUAGUUAUUCCCGAGAGGAAUUUAUGUUUCGGCCCAUUCAAGAGAAGUAUGAUUCUAUAACCCUCAUUCUGAAUGAGGAUAUACAGGAACAUGAUAUCACAGUACCCAUUGUGCAUUUAGAACCUGAAACUUCAGCACCUACAAACAUUCAUGAAUUUUCAUCAUUCAGAACAUAUGAAGUAGAAAGAUGUAGCUCAAGCAAAACUCGUCAACCUAUUGCUGCUACCACGGAACAGCGAAGUAGGUCUCAUACCCCUUCUGCCACAGCUGAUAUGUCAACUGUAAGUGGUGAUUGCACUGAUGGACUGGGUUCAUCUCCAAUACCAAGUACGAUCAGAAGUGGUAGGAGGCCACGAACCACUUCUGCCCGAAAAGAUGAAGAUUUUCUUCCAGAGAUGCUUCGUGUUCAGACACAAAUGAGGGACAGCUUGUAGCUAACACCGAGUGCAUUGCAUCUGCACUGCAAACCAUUGCAAAAGUUGUGCAGUCGAAAAAUCCUAUCCUAUGAUGCUGUGUUUAUGGUAUGGGUAUAUGUAGUUGUUUACUUAUGUAAGUCCUUUACUUUUGGUAAAUGUGAUAAUAACGUAGUUGAAAAGUCAUCAAACACUUAUUAUAAAUUUUCCUUUGUGUGAUUGUUAUGAAGGAAGACAGGGCAUGUUGAAAAAUUGUGUAACUUUCACUUGCAGCCUAUACUAGUCAUGAAAAUUUAACAGGAAUAUUUAGCUCUCCAGAAGUUAAUUAAAAUCACAAAGUUAAGUGAAAGACACACAUUUGUUAACUAAUAACAUGUGUUGCAGUGCUACUACGGGUAAUGUUACCCAGGUGUUUGGUAAAAGUUCCUACCACAAUCAAAAGUAUAUGUUUGAAAACAGGCUCAUGUACUUUUUAUUUUUUAAAGGUUCCUUUAUUUUGUAAUACGUAGUCAAUUUCCAGUUCAACGAGUUUUAUUUAUUUGUUUGUAGUUUGGGAAGUAUGAUUCAAGUAGGUUGAAACAGAAAUAAUGGUGCAAAUUCACCAACAGCCUACUGUUGCAUUGGUUCUUUCAUAAGGAUGUGCUGUCUCAUGCUAAAUUGUAUAGCUUAACAAGCCAAGAGUAUUCAUUUUUUUCUUUAUUACUUAUAGUAUUACAGUAUUCGGUUACAAGUUUCUUUUAAUAUAAGGGUAUUGAUGCAGGUACAUUCUAGUCAUGAGAGUUCCGUGAGUAAUUCUAGACAUGAAAAUUAUACUGUAUUCCAUUAUUAAAUCUAAAAAAUGGCAACAAAUAACAGUACAGUAGUUGUAUUAGUUUUUCACAACGAUGUGGUGACCCAUGUCAAAUUGUGUAGUUUAAGAUGCAAACAGUAGCAAUAUUUUUUUUUCUUGUUUCAAUUUCUCAAAUAUGUUUUAUAUAAUGAUUUUUUGUUUCACAAACUUUAGUGCCUUUGGUAUUUAGUAGUAUUAAAAGUAUACUGUAUUGGAAUCAAAUUUGCUCAAGGAUUUAGUACAUAUAUUAUUAAGGUAAAAGAAAGCCAUUUAUUUUCUAUAAAGAAGUUUAUUUUAUUAUGUACAGUGUAUUGAAAAUAAACGUUAAAUCAA